AUGUCCCGACUCAGCAACACGAUGAGACAAAUCACAGCCUUGGGCAGUGCAUGGUCGAGGCCAGCCCUGCAACUCAACUUCAGUGGGGAAACACUAACGCCGCAGGACGAGGUGGAGGUGCUGGGGGUCACCUACGACCGUGAACUGACCUUCAGGACGCACAUUGAGCGGCUUGCCAGAGAGGCAUCGGGGAAGCUGGCCUCUCUGAGGAGGAUAUCGUGGCUCCUGGACAGCGAGGGACUAGAGCUGCUGUAUAAAGCUCAAGUUAGAUCCUCGCUGGAGUACGCUUCCCUAGCGUGGGGAGGCGCGGCCCGCACGCACCUUGCUCUCUUAGAUAAAGUGCAGGAGAGGGCGGCGCGACUCAUUAAAGGCAAUAACACCGGCCAGGAGCCAUGCCUCCACACUCUUCAACACCGGAGGGACGUGGCGGGAAUCACCGUUAUGUAUAAGGUGCACGUGUGUCACGUGAGCCAUCUAGAGGCGCUCCGGCAGCCAUCACGACUGGAUGAAGUGCACACCCGAGCUGUAACCCUCGCCCCCAAGGAACUCCUGCAGCCCCGCUGCAGAACGUGGCACCACCAGCGACAGUUUGUGAAUACUUAUGUAGGAUGGUGGAACAUUAUUCUAGCCACACAGCUGGAUAUAAGUGACUGCUCGUUGCAGGAUUUUAAGAAAACUAUUAAUGACUGGUUUUUGUGUUGGCGGGAGAGUUAA